AUGUCUGGUGAUACUGAGGCCACAUUUAUUUUAUCUUUAGACGACGAUGAAAAUGAUAUUGCAUCAUCUCAUCCAAAUCACAAUAAAACAAUAACAGCAGAUUAUUCAACAGAAAAUACAGUAGUUGAAUUCUCCAUUUCAAUUAAUGAUGAUAGCGUUGAAGUGAAAGGAGGCGAUUCAAUGUCAUUGGAAGAACAAUUAGCUUGGUUUGGCGAUUAUCUUGAAAAAGAAUCUCGUGUAUUUGAACAAAAAUGGUCACACCCAACUCAAAGUAAUGCAACCUUGAAUCAGUUCGAUCGUAUAAAAACACUUGGUACAGGAUCAUUUGGUCGUGUCAUGUUAGUGAAAGAUAAAAAGACACAGAUGUAUUAUGCCAUGAAAAUUCUAGAAAAACAAAAAGUUGUCAAACUCAAACAAGUAGAACAUACAUUGAAUGAGAAAAAAAUUUUACAAGCAAUCAAUUUUCCUUUUCUUGUCAGUAUGGAUUUUAGUUUUAAAGAUAAUUCAAAUUUGUAUAUGGUACUUGAGUUUGUCAGUGGAGGUGAAAUGUUUUCCUAUUUAAGAAGAGUUGGGAAAUUCAGUGAAGAAGAUUCACGUUUCUAUGCAAGUCAAGUUGUACUGGCAUUUGAAUAUCUGCAUUCUUUUGAUUUAAUCUACAGGGAUUUAAAACCUGAGAAUUUAUUGAUUGCUAGUGAUGGUUAUUUAAAAGUUACCGACUUUGGAUUUGCCAAAAAAAUCAAAGGACGAACAUGGACAUUAUGUGGAACACCAGAAUAUCUUGCCCCCGAAAUUAUUCUAAGCAAAGGCUACAAUAAAGCUGUGGAUUGGUGGGCACUGGGUAUUUUGAUCUAUGAAAUGGCUUGUGGAUAUCCACCAUUUUUCGCAGAUCAACCUAUAGAAAUUUAUGAGAAAAUUGUUGCUGGUAAAGUGAGAUUUCCCGGACAUGUUAGUAGUGAUCUGAAAAAUCUUCUUAAACAAUUGUUACAAACAGAUUUAACAAAACGUUACGGUAAUUUAAAAAAUGGUGUCGAUGAUAUCAAAUGUCAUAAAUGGUUCCGGCCAACUAAUUGGGUUGCAGUUUAUCAAAAAGAAAUAUGUGCCCCAUUCUUACCGCCAUGUAAAGGGCCCGGUGACACAAGUAAUUUCGAUGAUUAUGAGGAGGAACCACUUCGAAUAUCUAAAACAGAUUAUUGUUCAAAAGAAUUUGAAGAAUUCUGA